AUGACGAGACUGGCAGGAAUGAUGGCAAAGUCAGCUGUAGCACCCCUGGAUAGGCUGAAGAUCCUCAUGCAAAGCAAUUGCCCUCAUUACAGCAGGUUCAAUCUCUGGUCCUGCUAUAGGGCUGUAUUGAAUAAGGAAGGAUUUCUCUCCUUUUACAAGGGCAAUGGUGCUGCCAUGAUCCGUGUCUUCCCUUAUGCAGCCAUUCAGUACACUGCCUAUGAGCUCUUCAGACCAUUGAUGCGUGCCUUGAUGGGACCCCAUUCACAUAUAGGGAACUUCACAGCUGGAGCAGCAGCUGGCACUGUGGCUGUGACAUCGACGUAUCCCCUGGACAUUGUGAGGACCAGGCUUGCCUUUCAAGUCAAAGGGGAGCAUGUUUACUAUGGUAUUAUGAAUGCACUUCAAAAAAUGUUUCAUGAGAAUGGAUGGAGAGCAUAUUACAAAGGAUAUGCAGCAACGGUGGCUGGCAUUCUUCCAUAUUCUGGGUCAUCAUUUUAUUUUUUUGACCUAUCUAAGCGAAUCAUGUUGAAAUACUUCCCCAAGCAGACAACAACUGUGAAUGAGGAGAAAGGAGGUCGAUUGGAGUUAUCGAUUUGGGCCAAGCUCAUAUGUGGGUGCCUGAGUGGAGUGAUUGCUCAGACGGCUGCCUAUCCAGUCGAUGUAAUCCGUCGGAGGAUGCAGCUCAUUGGAAUGCAUCCAGCAUACGACCACUACAACACAGCUAUGUGGCGUGUUGGGGUGAUUGUGUACCACGAAGAGGGAAUGUCUGCCUUCUACAGAGGCCUUUCCCUCAACUACGUUCGAGCAAUACCAAUGGUCGGCAUAUCGUUCACUGCCUUCGAGUUCUUCAAACAGCUCCUCAGGAUUGAAGAGCACGCCCCUACCAGCUGACUAUUAUAUAUUUCCACAUCUGCCCCAGUACAAAACCAGGCUACUGCUGUGAUGUGCAUAAUGACAUGUGAUAGUCCAGGUGAUAGGUGUCAAGAAAUAGAAUCUCUGAAAUAUUGUCCCCUUGAA